AUGCCCAGGACAAUGUCGGUGACUCCUGGUAAUUUGUCACUCAAUGGGACAAGCUUCUUGACUGAGCAUCACAGCAUUAUGGACAAACCCAGUGAGCAGAGAACUUGGAAUGUCUUUCUGUUCUGGUUGACUUUUGCCAUUGCUCUCCCAGCCCUUCUGGGCAGCAUUUAUUCACUAGUUUCCCUGCUGAAACUGCAGACCAAAAGCACGGUUUCGAUGAUUGUGACCUCUUUGGCAGCAGAUGAUCUGAUCAGCAUCGUGCCGGUGAUUAUUUUCAUGCUCAUGCAGUGGUCAAGUGAAGUCCUGCCCCAGCCUCUGUGCACCACCUCAGCGUUUUUGUAUUUAUUCCAGGGCAUUUCCAGCAACCUGAAAGGGUCUCUUAUAGUUUCCUACAACUUCUACACCCUCAGCACGCCCGGGACCCUGAGCUGCAGCUCCUCCAAGCGCCGUGUGAGUGUGGCAUGGGCCGUCCUCACCAUCUGGACCGCCAGCCUGCUGCUGUGCAUUUUGCCUCUCUGUGGCUGGGGCAGGUACAUCCGCACGUCCUGGGGCUGCUUCGCCGACUGUGCCAGCCCCUACAUCCUGUUUGUGCUGGUUGUGUACUCGCUGUGCUUCUCCCUCCUGGCAGCGCUGGCCGCUCCCCUCACGCUGCAGCUGCUGUGCUCGGGUGAGCCCCAGCUGCCGCGCACCGAGCCCCUGCCGGGCUCCGCAGGCUGCGGCUGCCCCGGGGCGCCUCCGCUGCCGCCGCGGCCGGAGCCCGGGGACCGAGCCCGGGAGCCCUGCCGAGCCUCGGCGGCGCUGUUCGGGACGGGUGUGGCUGAGAGCCGCGCACAGAGCAGGAGCUCCACGGUGGGCUUGGCCCAGAAACGAUUCUCGCUGAUCCUGGCACUGACCAAAGUCCUUCUCUGGCUGCCAAUGAUGAUACAGAUGGCUGUCCAGUACACCACUGGGCUGCAGAGCCUUUCUUUAGAGGCACUGAGCUUCCUGCUGACCGUGCUGGCUGCUGCAGUCACCCCGGUGUUUGUGCUGUCCCAGCACUGGCUCCACCUGCCCUGCGGCUGCGUCAUCAACUGCAGGAGGAGCUCCUGUGCAGUGCCUUCGCCAGGGGCCAAAACCAAGCGCGGCGGUUUUGAGUUCAACCUGUCGUUCCAGCAGGGCUGUGGCAUCUACAGGAUAUCCCUGGAGAGCCCUCCCCAUGGCAGCAGGGACGGCAAACCCUCGUCCUACCCCAGCCUGGUGGGCUGUGCCUGCGGGGAGCCGGGCAGAGGCAGGGACAGCCUGGGCCACACAGGGACAGGGGCACUGGGACACGGCCCCCAGGGCACCCCUGCUGCUGGCCCAGGGCCCGGCCAGCACCAGCAGGGCACCAGCACUGGCCCCUUCCCUGAAGGAGCAGAGUGGAGGCUGUGCCACCAGGAGAGCCGCGCGCCCGAGCUCUCGGACUGGGAGUGGUGCCGGAGCAGAUCCGAGAGGAACCCUCGGCAGCGCACGGGCGGAGCCCUGGCCGUGCCCCUCUGCGCCUUCCAGGGCACCGUGUCCCUGCAGGCCCCCGGCGGCAAAACGCUCUCGUUGUCCACGUACGAGGUGAGCUCGGAGGGGCAGAAGAUAGCGCCCACGGCCAAGAAGAUCGAGGUGUACCGCUCCAAGAGCGUCGGGCACGAGCCGAGCCCGGGGGAGCCCGGCUUCGCGGACACGAGCGUUAAGAUUCACCUGGAGGUGCUGGAGAUCUGCGACACCCCGGAGGCGCUGGACACCGUGUCCAUCGUCAGCAGCAUCAGCCAGUCCUCGGCGCACGCCCGCUCGCCCUCCCUGCGCUACUCCCGCAAGGAGAACCGGUUCGUGAGCUGCGAGCUGGGGGAAAGCGCCUCCUACUCGCUGCUGGUGCCGUCCAACAGCGACUUCAGCAUCUCCAUCCCGGACACCGUGGAGGCUCAUCGGCGCAACAGCCAGCAGCAGCUCUCGGCCAGGGCCGGGUACCAGGAGGAGAUACAGCUGCUGAACAAAGCCUACCGAGAGCGGGAGGAGACGGGCAGCAGCUAA